GGCCGCGCCGCGGCUGCUGGUCCCGGGCGCGCGGAGGGCGCGAGCGGCGCGCGGGGGCCGAGUGGGCGCGAGGCAGCGGCGCGGGGACUCCGGGCCCCGGCGGCGGCCCAUGGGGCGGGAGGCGUGAGGCCGCUGCCUGUCCGGGGCUCGGGGGGUGGGGGGAGCGGGGCGGGGAGAUGGAUAAACUGACCAUCAUCUCAGGAUGUCUCUUUCUGGCUGCCGAUAUCUUCGCCAUCGCCAGCAUCGCCAACCCGGACUGGAUCAACACCGGGGAGUCUGCGGGAGCACUCACUGUGGGCCUCGUGCGACAGUGUCAAACAAUCCAUGGACGAGACCGGACGUGCAUCCCUCCCCGGCUUCCCCCGGAGUGGGUCACCACACUGUUUUUUAUCAUCUUGGGAAUCAUUUCAUUGACUGUCACAUGUGGUUUGCUGGUGGCUUCCCACUGGCGAAGAGAAGCUACAAAAUAUGCUCGAUGGAUAGCAUUCACUGGAAGUCAUGUGGUUUCAUGGAGCCGAUUUCACCUUCUUGGCUUCAGAGCUCGACACAGAAGCCAGGCUUGGCCGGAGUCAUCAUGACAGAUUCAGAAAUUAGCAUGGCAUGUGACCAGCCUGGGACUUUGCUGGAACUCCUGGACAGAGGUGUUCUUCUCUUAGAGUUGCUCAGUUGUAGGGGAAAAGUUUGGCACUGCUGGCAGCCACACCUGAAGAGCCUCCUGAUGAAGCCAUCCUAGAAGAAAGGAAGCUGAGAAAGGAAGACAGUUCUGUUAACAUCACUUUAGCUUUUGGAUCAAGUCAUCCCUGAAGCCAGAACUAUCCCUGGAUUCUUGUGUUAUUUAAGAAAAUAAAUUCCUUUUUUUCCUUAAACCA